AUAUAUUCUUUUCUUGGAGUGGAGUGCAAGCUCUCUUGCAGGUAUAAAAUCUGAGGCUGUAUACGUUCCACUGUUCAAGCUUAAUUUCCAUCAGAAUUAUCAAAAAAAUAUCAUGGAGAAUUCGGAAGCAAAUUCCAUCCCAUCUACUCAUAAUAACGAAGAAAAUAUUAAUUGCAGGCUAUGGCCUUGCGAAGACGCAGAUUUCAAAUGUCAAAUUUCAAAAUCUGAGAAGAUCAUUCGCGACAUAGAUCACAAACAGACCGAACUUUUCAAGGCCUUAAAGAGAAAAAAGAUCGAUGAACUAGGCUUGGCAUUCACAAGUUUGCAAUCUGCUUUACAAUCGGAUUGGAACCUAAAAAUGCACGGCAAUGAGCAGCUAUUAGAACAGAUUUUAGAAAAAAUAAGUUUCAGGAACAAGAUAUACCAGGGAAGAGCUAUUAAAUCGUUUUUAUCAGAAGACGACGAAGAAAAAGAAGAAGCACAAGUUAAUUUUAAAAAUUUAGAUUUUAAGCUGCGACAUGGGAAUGGAAAUAAGAGCAUGGCUGCAGAGAAACGGUUUCUAAAGGAGAUCAAACGCAAAAACAGUAGCAAUUCUAAUGAUUUUCUUGCAUCGAUUAAUAAGGAGAUUAAUUACUGUCGUGACAUUCAAAAGAGGAAAGAGUUGGAGUGCAAAAGGGAAAAAGCAAUAACUAAUGCUACUGUGAAAGGACAGAGUUGGUGGAAAUUUUUAGGAUCAAAAGAAGAAUUUCAGGACAAGAUCAAUAACGUAGAAAAACGUGUGGAAGAAAUAACAAAGAAGCGUUUGAAAAAUAGAUCUCGCAUUAAGUCUUUGAUUAAUAGACUCAAGACUGUAGAAAAAUAUGUUGUUUCUCUAGAAUCCCAGAUGGAACAAGCAAAGUGUCGAAAGGAAGAAGCUUACAAGCGUAUAUGCUUACUUAUAAAACAGCAUGAAGAUAAGGAAUGCUGCUGUUUCGGACACCUUUCAGCCUUGAACAAUGUCACAGAAGUUGCCAAAAGAAUUUUUGACCUGCAUGAGCAUAAGAAGCUUAAGCCGGAGAUUGAGUAUAGGACCGAUCAAAUAAUAGAAAUGAUAGCAUGUCGAUGUCGAAUGGGUUCUAAACUAGAAAGAGUGGAACCUAGUAUGGUGAUUGUUAGAGAUGUAUUCUAUGGGAAAAAUGAGAAAAAAGUAACAAUACUAGAAGUGCCGGUGAGACGGUGGAUAGAUCAAUCAAAAUAGAUUUUAGACAAUUUUAUUAUUCGCCUCACCGAAAAUAAAGGUCUUAUUGGAAACAAUUGUGAAUUCUCAGGGUGUUUUUGUUUUUAAUGUGUCUCUAAAUAUAUACAAAAACUGUUAAUCGUUAA